AGAGGGAGGGGAGCUGGAAGCGCGGCCGGGAAAUCAUCACAACACCGGGGGUUGGGGGGGGGGGGGGACAAAAUUAUCUGUUUCACCUUUUUCCUCAUCUGGAAGAGAUGUCUAAACUCACCAUGUCUGCGGAAUCAGAAGCAGCUGCUGUUACCAACUCGUGACUGCUUCUUUACGUCCUAAGACAGCGCUGAGAGGCUGAUUAGCCCCCCGGAACUGGUGGAACUCACCUGAACACCCAGAAACACUGAGCAGGUUAACCCGAAGUCCACGAGCAUGCCCGGCGACGACCCCGAGAGCAUGCUGAGCUACCAGAGGCCAGAUGAGGAGGUGGUGGUAGACCAGGGAGGGACCAGCUCAGUACUGAACAUCCAUUAUGAAAAGGAGGAACUAGAAGGCCACAGGACUCUGUUUGUGGGGGUUCGGAUGCCCAGGCAGAGCCAUCGUCACCACAAGACCCACGGCUCCCGGCACCGCAAGAGAGACAGAAGGGCAGGAAGCAUCGCAACUCAACAGAGCGAGGAUAGUGAGACAGCCACCUCCAGUCAUGACACACCGUCCCAGCGGGUCCAGUUCAUUCUGGGCACAGAGGAGGAUGCUGAACAUGUGGCCCACGAGCUGUUCACUGAGCUGGAUGAGAUCUGUGUGAGGGAUGGCAAGGAUGCUGAGUGGAAGGAAACAGCCAGGUGGCUGAAGUUUGAGGAAGACGUGGAGGAUGGCGGGGAGAGGUGGAGCAAGCCCUAUGUCGCUACUCUCUCCCUCCACAGCCUGUUUGAGCUCCGCAGUUGCAUCAUCAAUGGCAGUGUGUUGCUUGACAUGCACGCUGACAGCAUCGAAGAGAUUGCAGACAUGGUGCUGGACCACCAGGAGGCGUCCAAUGAGCUGGACGACACCGUGAGAGUGAAGGUGCGUGAGGCUCUGCUGAAGAGACACCACCACCAGAACGAGAAGAAGAAGAACCUGAUGCCCAUGGUGCGCUCCAUCGCUGAGGGAACCCGCAAACAGUCAGAGCUCCAUCUGACAGCAGGGUCAGCCACAUCUCCCCAGCUUCCGCCAAUUACAGAACCUGCUAAGAACGGUGGGGGACAGGACAGCACCCCAGUGGACCUUAGCAAGGUGGACAUGCACUUCAUGAAGAAGAUCCCAGAGGGUGCAGAGGCCUCCAAUGUACUGGUGGGAGAACUGGACUUCCUGGAGAGGCCCAUUGUGGCCUUUGUCCGCCUCUCCCCUGCUGUGCUGCUCACCGGACUCACUGAGGUCCCCAUACCUACCAGGUUCCUCUUCAUUCUGCUGGGCCCCGAUGGAAAAGCUCAGCAAUACCAUGAAAUUGGACGCUCCAUGGCGACCAUCAUGACAGAUGAAAUCUUCCAUGAUGUAGCCUACAAGGCAAAGGACAGAAGUGACCUGCUGGCUGGGAUAGAUGAAUUUCUGGACCAGGUGACGGUCCUGCCACCAGGAGAGUGGGACCCCUCCAUCCGCAUCGAGCCACCAAAGAGUGUCCCCUCUCAGGAGAAGAGAAAGACGCCAGGAGUCCCUAAUGGCGGAUCCUUCCAGAUAGAGGAAGAACUACAUGCUGAGCACCACGGACCAGAGCUACAGAGAACUGGAAGGUUGUUUGGUGGUCUGAUACUGGACAUCAAGAGGAAAGCUCCGUUCUAUCUGAGUGACUUUAAGGACGGUCUGAGCCUCCAGUGUGUGGCCUCUUUCCUCUUCCUCUACUGUGCCUGCAUGUCUCCUGUCAUCACCUUUGGAGGACUGCUGGGGGAGGCGACAGAAGGACGCAUUAGUGCCAUAGAGUCCUUACUCGGUGCGUCUAUGACUGGAGUAGCCUACUCUGUGUUUGCUGGUCAGCCUCUCACCAUUCUAGGCAGCACAGGUCCUGUGCUGGUUUUUGAGAAAAUCCUCUUCAAGUUCUGCAAGGACUACAACCUGUCCUAUCUGUCGCUGAGGACUUGCAUCGGCCUGUGGACGGCCCUGCUGUGUUUGGUGUUGGUUGCCACUGAUGCUAGCUCGCUGGUGUGCUACAUCACUCGGUUCACAGAGGAGGCCUUUGCCGCCCUCAUCUGCCUCAUCUUCAUCUAUGAGGCCUUGGAGAAGCUCUUUUACUUGGGAGAAGUCUACCCCUUCAAUGCACACAGCGAUCUGGAUAAACUCACACUGGCGUACUGUAGGUGUACAGAGCCUGAUAACCCCAGUAAUAAAACCUUAGAACUGUGGAGUGAGAGAAACAUCACAGCCUCUGUUGUACCAUGGACCAACCUUACUGUCAAGGAGUGCAUCAGUCUGCAGGGCCACUUUGUUGGGACAGCAUGUGGCCACCAUGGCCCCUACACCCCAGAUGUUCUCUUUUGGUCUACCAUCUUGUUCUUCUCGACCUUCUUAAUGUCUGCCUUCCUCAAACAAUUCAAGACAAGUCGUUAUUUCCCCACCAAGGUGCGGUCCGUGAUCAGUGACUUUGCAGUGUUCCUUACUAUUGCUAUCAUGGUUCUGCUUGAUUAUGUCAUGGGAGUGCCUUCCCAGAAGUUAAAGGUGCCCAGCAAAUUCCAGCCCACCAGAGACGACAGAGGUUGGCUGAUCAAUCCAAUAGGACGCAACCCAUGGUGGACAGUCCUGGCUGCAACUAUUCCUGCUCUUCUCUGCACCAUCCUCAUCUUUAUGGACCAACAGAUAACUGCCGUCAUCAUCAACCGCAAAGAGCACAAACUACUGAAGGGCUGUGGGUACCACUUGGACCUGCUCAUGGUUGGGGUGAUGCUGGCGGUGUGCUCCAUCAUGGGCUUGCCCUGGUUCGUAGCAGCCACGGUGCUGUCCAUCUCUCAUGUCAACAGCCUGAAGCUGGAGUCAGAGAGCUCGGCUCCAGGAGAACAGCCUCGCUUCCUGGGCAUCAGAGAACAGAGGUUAACUGGCCUGCUCAUCUUCCUGCUCAUGGGCUGCUCUGUAUUCAUGACUGGAGCCCUGCAGUUCAUUCCUAUGCCAGUGCUGUAUGGUGUUUUCCUUUACAUGGGAGUCUCCUCAUUAAAAGGCAUCCAGUUCUUUGACCGUGUAAAGUUGUUCUGUAUGCCAGCGAAGCACCAGCCAGACUUCAUCUACCUGCGCCACGUCCCAUUGAGGAAGGUGCACUUGUUCACUCUCACGCAGCUCACCUGUCUGGUGCUGCUCUGGGUCAUCAAGCACUCACCUGCCGCCAUCGUCUUUCCCAUGAUGGUGCUGGCUCUGGUUUUCAUUCGCAAACUGCUGGACUGGUGUUUCUCCAAGCGAGAGCUAAGUUACCUGGAUGACUUGAUGCCUGAGUGGAAGAAAAAAAACCUUGAUGAUGCAUCUAAAACGAUAGAAGAGGAAUCACAGGUUAUGCUCAGCACAAAGAAGAAAGAUGCAACUGCUGUUCAGAUUCCCAUGGAGGCCAGCGAGCCUGUUCAGACCCCCAAAGCACACGACCCCAGAUGUGACCCUUCUGACAUUAAUAUAUCUGAUGAAAUGUCUAAAACCACUGUGUGGAAUUCCAUUAACUCCAAUCAAAAGGACACUUGUACUGUGGCUUCUAAGAAGGAUUGAAGGGAUCACAUUCAUAGACGAGUGAAAGGAUGUCCACAGUCCUGACAGGCUGUAGUUCUGGACCACAGGAUACUGCGAUUUGGCUGAUUUCAGCCACUUCAGUGCUUAGACAAACAAGUCUCGAAGAUUUCUACCAGCUACCUGCAACACAUAAUACUGUCCACAAACAUACAGACACAGAGAAAGUAGUACAGUACACACAGAUAGACAUACACAUUCACUGCAAUCUUUGUGAGAACUAGAAAUAUCUUUAAAAUCUUAUUUACCUACAUUUAAAGCCAGUGCUAACCUAAUCCUAACUCUACCCCCUUGACUCGAAACUAGAACCAACCUCAGCAACGUUAACCAUCUUAACCAGUUAACCAGUAGAAACCCCUGAUCUCAACCAUCACCAUCUUCUACUUUCAGGUUUCUUUUAAACCACACAGGGAAGAAAGCCCUUAGUGAUCAGUUCUGGCCUGUACACUGCCUUUGGCUUCCCGGCUUAGUUGUGAGGUUAAAGGAUGAAACUUUAAGACUUCUACAGCAGCAUUCAUCUGUGAAAAUGCAAUAGUAUCCAAUAGCUCAGUUUCAAUUAAUUUGUGUCUGAUAAUGUAAUCUAGAGACACAUCCUGGAGCAUCCACAGUGACAGUAAAUAAUGGAGGACACUGUGACAGCUGCUGGCAGCCAUGGUGAUUUCACUGAGUUAUGGGGACAUUUGCUAAUUUACACCUAAAACCCAUGCAUAUACUUAAAACUCAUUCGGAUGUUACACCUCAAACAGCCUCACAACACUGGCGGGCAUGUUGUGAAGCUGUACUUCAGUGUCACUGGUAUGUCUCCAAAAAUGUCUGCCAAAAAGUCUGGAUGGUUUGUUUUUAGCUCAUGGGGAAACAGCUGCUGUUUGUCUAUAAAUAGCGCCCAAUGUCAUUGAAAUAGCCCAUUGUAAAUUCUAUUGUAGGUUGGAUUUUUUAUUUAACUAGUGCAUUGCCCGUUCAAAAUGUGCCUGUUGGGAAUGGGCGGAUUGCUUGUCCUCCAGUAUUGCUGCUUGCAGCUUUCUCAUCUCAUUAACUUCACACUUGGCACUGUUUCCUUAGGUCCUGAGCAAUACACCUGCCAUGACAUAGUUGCAUCACAUAGCAAUGCUAGAGUAUACGCGUCAUUAGCAAAUAUGUUUUUGGUAACAGCUAGCUAUUUGGGAUCAGGCCAGAUCAUUUCUGGGAACAAAAAUCUUCAUUUCGAAAGUUACAUAAUUGAUUCUUGAAAUGUUUUAGUUUGCUACAACGUAACAUCUCCGGCCUCUCAUGGAGGUACUGUAGCGAGUGAUGGAGAGCAAGCUUUACCCAGCAUGCCGUUCAGCGGUGUAACAGUUAAUAGGGGUCCCCUCUCAAUAUACUACACGUUGGUACAUAACACACUGCUAAUACACAUGUCCCAUAGAUCUACUAAAACUAGCCAUAGCUAUAACACACACAGUUAUAAACCAGAAAUUUGACCCGUUGCCAUUUUAUUAGGUACAACUAUCUAAAACUAAUGCAGACUAAUACAACAGUCCUGCAAUAAAUCCCACCUUCAUAAAGGUUAUAAUGUUCAGUUUUUGUUGAAACUGUUUAAGAAAAGUGUUGAUCAAUCGAUAUUGAACAUACUGAUGAGAAAAUGAUCUGGUUCCUAAUCUGCUGAAUGCUGCACCAUAUUCCCCAGCUAGUUGCUAACUUUGUCACUGUUUGGUGCUGAGCAGGUAGUGAACAGUGGGUUUUAAGAGCUGUUUCGCUGAAAAAAGCUGUUGCAGCUGAAAACGACGUUAUGAGAGCGGUGAGAGUGAACUAAAACAGUAAAAGUACGGGCCAGAAAAUACAAUGAAUACAAUGAGCUAAAAUAAGCCGUAGAGUUGAUGGGAAUGGCAGAGUUGGAUGAUAAUUUAUUGUUCAUCACUACAAGCACCUGCUUUCAAUUACCAGUCAUGUGAUCCACUGGUAAUAUAAAAAUAUUAGCUGCUUUAAAGACAUUUGGUCCUCACAAAGAUAGAACACAAACACACAACAACCUCUCUACUCCCCCUUUUCACCCUUUCAUCAGAAACCCGGGUUCCGCCCCUCCACUGUACACUUAGCUGGGCUAUAUGAUGGGCUCCUUUAAACACAAACCAGGUUCUUUUUAUUAAUCUAAAUAGGUCCGUCAGUCCUCAUUCCUUAAAUCUACAAAAGCGUCUUUAUUUAAUUUUUUUUGUAAUAAUAUUUAAUGCCAUGAGUCUGUUCUUUUUCUAAUAGUGAU